GCAGCAGAUGAAAUGUUGCAAAUAAUUCAAUAAUACAUAAAUAAAUGAACGCGCAAAAGAACUCAAAAUAAGCAACAAGAAACAAUAAUCGAAAAAACAGACAGAAACAGAGAGCAGCAUAAACAAUUUUGCACACCUCGGGAAAGGUGCGAAAAGAAAUGGCUGCGCAGCGGCAGUGUGUGAACAACCUGGACCAAGGAAGCGAACCCCAUGGACCACAGCAGAGCAGAGCAAAGCCCUAAGCAAUUAUGAAAUUAAUCGCCAGAAAGAACAAGAACAACAACAAACACUGAACAGCAUUGAACUUUCUUCCCCGUCGAGCGUUGAAUAGCAAACAUAGAAAACGCGACAAAUUUUUCGGGGCAACCUUGCGAAUACUUUUUCGCGGAUCGUUGACCAUUGACCAUGAAGCAGGAGAAAACACUCCACAGCAUGGCAGCCACCACCACACCGUUAAAGCAGCAGCGCCAUCAGCAGCUCUUGGAGCGCUCCUCGUCCACACCCCGCAGUCCCAUUACCAAGGCCUUUGACUUCCUGCCGUGGGCGCGCAGUCGCAGCAAAGUGAACACGGCCAAGGCCCAAUCGCCGCAGCCCGAACAGCAGGCGGAAAAGCCCCAGGAGGUUCACUACCAUCGAAACAUUUUCCGCAGCGGCGGCGGCCUCAUCCGCGACAUACUCGUCGGCGAUAAGCAGCUGCAGCUCAAGGAUAAUAAUAAUGCCAGCAAACCGCCGCAGUCGCCGGUGCCGUCGAACAAGCGAAAACAGAAGCAUCUGUCGCGCAACAAGAGUCUGGACAUCCGGGAGCUUAUCGGCUGUGUGGAGAGCGAAGUGGCACCCAGAACUCUACAUCCUGGCGGAGGACAGUCGGCCCAGGCAGGACAGCCUGGACGCUUCCUGGACGACACCUACAUCGACCACAAGCCCAAGCACAUUCUCUUCAAUGACGACGAGAAUACCGUGUACAUUAUCAAGAAGGAGCAGCCGGUGGCCAAGAGCACACACAAGCCACAACCAGCCGCUUCCUCUGCUGCCAGUUCCGUGUCCAAUGGCGAUGUCCUGAAGGCACGCCUCAAAUUCAAGCGCCUGCCCAGUGACCGUUAUGAGACGGCCUCUCCGGAGGCUCUGCGUCGUGCCCAUCAGCUGCAUCAGCGCUCCGAGCAGCGCCAUCAGCUGCAGCGCCGCAAGAGCCUCAGUGACCAGCAGAGCAACUCCAGCCACAGCAGCGGAGGGGGAGGUGGCGGAGGAGGAGGGAGAACUGCCGAUGGAUUUGGCAUUGGCAGCAGCAGCAUUAUGCUGGAGCGACCCAAGACGGACAAGCCGCGCAAGAAGCUGUCGUUCCGGGAGCCCAUUGUGGCCGGGGACCAAGUCCUGCCGCUUCUCGUCGCGGAGCAGCGGCAGGCGAGGCAGCGACGACGCAGCUCGCCGCUGGAGCGCACACGAGGGGGACUGGUGGCAGGAAGCGACUGUGAUAAUUUAUGCAAUAAUCGCACAAAGGAUGCAAUUUCCUGCGGCUGUGCGGCAAGCGAUCCCGAGUCUCAGGCCAUGCGCAUCGUUCGCACCGUCGGACAAGCCUUUGAAGUGUGCCACAAAUUUAAUCUUCAUAAGAAUUCCCUGGAACCUAAUGACGAGCGCUCCGAUAUCUCAUCGUCGGAGCUACUCGAUGUGGAGCAAAUCAGCGAGCAGCAGCUGAGCGAGGAUGGGGAACGAUGCGGCAGAGGCGACAACGAGACGCCAAAGAAAGAGCACUUGGCCAUAACGCCCAAUCUGAACCACACGCAGCCGCAGCGACCGAACCACUUGGAGCUGAUGCCAUCGCAAUCGAGUCUACGUAAAUCGACCAGCCUGCUGUGCGAUGUGGAUUCACCGGGUUCACCUGCAUCGCCGCGCACUGAGAUCACACAGCUGAAGGAUCAGCUGGAGGCGCAGGCACUUCAGACACGUCAGGCCCUUGGACAAUUGAUGCUCGUGCGAGAGCAGCUCAUCUCUGAGACGAAUGCGCGCAUUGAGGCGCAGGCACGCACUCAGCAGCUUUUGCAACAGAAUCGGGAACUCUUGGAGCAUUUGGCAUCGCUGGGGGCAUACAAUGAGCAGCAGAGCGCUGGCCUCACCACCGCCAACAUUGGACUGGCGCCACAGCAAUCGCAGCUGCAGCUGCUGCUUCAGGCCACCAGCAACAACAACAAUCUGGCGACCAUCAAUCAGCAGAUCAACAAUUUGGGCAACAUCAACCAGCAGCUGACCUCACUCAGCCACCAGCUGAGCGGGCUGAAUCAGCAGAGCCAACAUCUCCAGAACCUGCAACAGCAGCAGCAGCAGACGCCACCAACGCCGCAGCAGCAGCAGCAGCAGCAGCAGCCACAGCUGACUCCGGCCACGCCGCCACCACCGCCAGUCAGUGGCAGCAGUCCGUACCCCUCCAUGAGCCAGCUGCAGAGCAUCAGCAAUCAGCUGCAGCAGCAGCAGCAACAACAGCAGCAGGAUGCCCUGUCCAAGGAUCUGUUUCAGGUCAAUCAGGAGCUGCUCAACCGCCUGCAGGCGCUCAAUCUGAAUGCGAAUCCAGCGCCGACACAGCAAACACCCUCGGCCUCGCCGCACAACUCUUUCUUCUAUGCGAAUCCCUUGUCCUGUGCCGCGGCCACACCCAACAACAACAACAACAAUGUGGCAGGAGGAGGCUUCAAUUUUCUCACUUCCCCGGCGUCGGCAGCGGGAAACUUAUCUCCCUCGCCGCUGGGCACCUUGAACCGCAACUCCUUCGCGGGCAGCUCCUCCCUCAACGAGGAUCUGCGCCUGAGCAUCGAACAGAAUCUGAACAGUCUCGAGGAGCAGCUGAAGGCGGCCGUUUCGAAUGGUAAUCUGGCGGGUCUGGCCUGCGGCGGAUCCACCAGCACGCGGGACACCAGCCGCAGCUCCUCUACACUGGACUCGCCCUCGUCGCCGCGUCUGCGCAACAGCAACAACAACAUUAGUCCCGGCAGCAGCCAGAGCAAUGGAAAUGGAAACGGCAACGGGAAUGGGAAUGGGAGGGACACACGCUUCAACCCGGUGCAGCUGCGUGUGACGGAUGAGGCGGGACAUCAGCGUAAGCUCUCGGCCACGCCCAGUUUCAUAACGCGCAGCACCAGCGAGAAGGUGCCCAAUCGGAGUCAAAUGAUGAGCCAGGUGCAGCGGACAGCCUGGGCCAGGCAUACGACCAAGUGAGGAGACACGAAAUAGUAUCCCCUCCACAAGUUAGAAGUUUAGCGUGAAAGUUCGAUGGUGUGAGCGUGUGAGCGUAUGUGUGUGUGAGAGUGUGACCAGAGUGCAUGAGUUGAACAGUAUUAACUUAGUUGAAAACUGUAAAUUUAGUUUGCAUUUCAGUGUGCCAAAAGAACAUUUUUAAGUGAAGCAAAUUUAAGUAAUUGCCCCAGCUCAAAGUUAGUCUAGUGAUUAGCGAUAGUCGUUGUUUAGAGCUCAAAAUGUGUGCCAAAGAAAGUCUUUAACUCAAAACAAACUCGUCUAAUGUCUAGUCAGUGAAA